GAAAGAGUUCAGCUUAAGAACAGACCAGAGAGAGAGAUUGAUUGAGAGAGGUGAAGAGUUUUAUUGGGAGAAAUGAAUACGAAUAUGAGCCUAGGUCGGAGAAGGAGGAGAAUUGGAAUCCAGGUUUGGACAAAUGGAAAGUUUUUCUCUUCUUCUUCAACUUGGAUUCGUAUCGGCCAUUAACAAAUAAGGGUUAGAAGUUAAAGUUAUGAAUUUCUAUGUAUUCAGAAGAAGCAGGAAGAGAAAUGAGAUAUCCAAGGAAAAGUGCUCAUGGUAUGAAUAUACGGAUCCUGGUUCAACAGUUGUUUUUUUCAGUGCUUGGGGGUACUUUAUACAACGCAUUGUUCAGUCAGGGACUGAAAUUUACAACUCCCACCAUUGCAAGCGGGAUUAAUAUUCUGUUUCCAGUAUUAAACUUCAUUGCGGCUGUGUUCUCCAGGAAUGAAGAAUUACAAUUUAAAUCAACUGCGGGAUGCUUGAAGAUAGCAGGAACUAUGCUUUCCGUUGGUGGAUCGCUAGUCGUUUCAUUCUACAGCGGGUUCCAAAUAUCUGUAAAUAAAUCCUCGGUUGAUUGGCAAUUUCUAAGAAGUUCAGGCACCACUCCAGAACCCAAUAGUGUUGGUCCGGUCCUGAUCGCAUUAAGUUGCUUGGCGAGAUUUGGUUGGUUUCAGCUGCAGGGAUGGUUAUGUAAAGACUUUCCUUACCCGUACACCAGCACUGCCAUAAUCUGCCUACUUUCAAGUAUCCAGUGUGCUAUUGUUGGGGCUGGUAUGAAGCAUACAGUUAAGGCUUGGUCCUUAGCAUCAACCUUGAGAAUCGUAUCGGUCUUAUAUAGUGGAGUGUUUGGAUCUGCAAUCACUUUCCUUGUGACGAAUCUUUUCAUCACAAAGAAAGGCCCAGUAUUUGUGUCGAUAUUUAACCCAAUAUUUUUGAUCUUUGUACAAAUUUUUGGAUGGGCCUUUUUUAAGGAAAACGUCUACUUCGGAAGUUUGCUGGGGUCUGCAUUAUUACUUGUGGGGUUCAUUGUCGCUCUAUGGGCAAAUUGGAAGGAAGUUUAUUUGAGCUCCAACACUGUAGAUUUAGAAGCUGGUGCUGAACAAGGUGUAGGGGGGACUGUGGAUUUAGAAGCUGGUGUUGAACAUUCUGAGGCUGGUAAUGAGGAUACCCAUCAAACAAGGCGAGGCUGGUUCAGUAGAUUUAUAAGCUGGCGUUGAACAACUCGAGGUUUGUAUGGAACAAGACAAGCGUUGGUGCACAGGAAGUGUUCAUAAGAUGGUGUUGAACAUUCUGAGGCUGGUAAUGAGGAUACCCAUCAAACAAGGUGAGGCUGGUUCAGUAGAUUUAUAAGCUGGCGUUGAACAACUCGAGGUUAGUAUGGAACAAGACAAGCGUUGGUGCACAGAAAGUGUUCAUAAGAUGGCCUGUGAUCCUAAUGUAGAACUUCCAGUCUUUCAUCUACUAAUUUAAAAAGAUUUAAGUUAUAUCUGGCUCAGGAACAAAAAUAGUUGCUUAUGUUUCAUUUACUAUGGAAAUAAGACCAGAAUUUUUUGUUUUGUCGUCUCUUGUAAAUAUGCAUUUUGCUUACCCUUGGAUGUACUUCCAAUGUGUAUUCGAAAAACACAUGCCUACAGUAGUUUUUUCUUUA